AAACAUCGCAUGAUGCACAAGCCAAGCGUAGUCUUGCCACAUUACCUUCCCAAAUAAACAAUAAACAAUGAGUAUAAUUAACUUGCAAGCAUUCUUUAUGGCAAGAUGAGCCAGGGUCCGGGCUUAUAUUUUGAUAUUGGAAAGAAGGCCAGAGAUGUUCUCCACAAGGGCUACGCUCAACAACCACCAAUCCACUUUAACUACAGAUUCUUGAAUUGGAAUUUAGAUCUCUCCUGUCAAGAAGAACUUGUGCAUGGACUAAGGGGCCUUUUCACAUGUAACAUACCUGACUCGGGGAAGUUGGAAAUUCAACACUUUAGUAGAUUCAGUGGGUUUAGUGCAAGCAUUGGAUUAUCGGGAGAAGCAGAAAAAGGAUAUAACCCUGUUGCAAACAUCUCUGGUCAUAUAGGAACCAGAAUUCUCACCCUGGGAGCUAAUCUUGCCUGUGACUUAUCAGGAAGCUCAUCAGCUAGGACAACCAACAAUCUGAAUGCUGGGUUGAGCCUGAACAGUCCCUACCUUGUUGCUGCCGCAACCUUGCAUGACAAUUUUCAAACCUUGAAAGGUUCCUGUUAUUUUGAAGUGAACCCCCUGACCAAGACUGCGAUCGCAGCAGAGGUGAAGUAUGACCUUGCAGAUGAUGAGACUACUGGUGUCACCGUUGGUGCUCAGCAUGCAUUAUUUUCUUGGACAUUGCUAAAGGCUCGACUUAACAACAAUGGCAAGGUAGGUGGUCUAAUUCAACAAAAGUUUGGGACAAAAUUUUCCAUAACCGUGGCGGGAGAGAUAAAUUUGAAUGAGAAAGCUAAAGAAAAGUUUCCCAAGGUUGGAGUCUCCAUGGCUUUAAAAUAAUUUCACCAAGAAAAGCUCUAGUGUAGAAACAGGCAAUGAGAUGUGAUGGAGACUUCCAAAAGAUGUCGCAAACUACAUGGAAAUUUUGUUUUGCCCCAUCCAUUUUGUUUAACAUUGGAGAACGGUAUCAUAUCCUUGCUUAGUGUUUUGUUACCAAUAGUUUUGAGGAGUGAAAAGAAGCCAUACACAGUUUAUGAAUAUUUAGUGCUAGAAAUAUUUAAACAUCCAUUUAUCAAAGAUUUGUACCAAUAAAAGUUCAAAUUGACUUCUGUUUUUUCGCGUAGGUAAAUCUAUAAAACAAAAUCCAUUAUGCAAGAAUUGAUUUCUUCCUUGCUAGUCAAGAUAAGAUGAAGUGGUAGCUACAUAUUACUUCCAUACUUUAUUUGGUUUUGGAGAACUCAUUAUUCAUAGAGGGUAGUAGGCUUAUGUUUACUUUGUAAACAAUAAUCAUUUAUAUGGAAAGCAUUCAAACCA